ACUCGGAGGCAACUGCGAGGGCCGCGCGCCGAGCUGAUUUUGUUCCCCUUCGCCCUGCCUGGUGUGAAAGAGGCUCAGUCUGCGGACCACCCUCCUCCAGAGAGGAGAUAUGUACUACUGUCUUUGGAUGGAAAUUGAUAAGGAAUGUAUUUGACACAGCAUAUUUUUCUUCUGUUGGGACUUUCACUUAUAACACGGUACCUGUAAAAAUGGCAGCACAAAAAAGAAAAUCUGUCCUAGUAGAACCCCCUGCUAAACAGAGAAAGCUGGAUAGGAAUAGCAAAUUGGUUGCAACUAACAAAGAAAGAAAGUUGCUUGAUGCCAAACAUGUAUCCAAUAAAAAGGAAACAUCAAGGAAAGAACUGAACAAAACAAAAAGGUCAACCACAAAUAAAACCAUUAAGAGGCCACCCGUUCAGUCUGUAUGCGCCAAACAAACACAGAAAUGCUCCAAGCUGCCUUCAGAUGAAUUAACAAAAAAACCUUGUAAAACACUAUGUGUGAAAAGAAUAUCCUUCAAAUCUUCAGUUAGAUCUACAAAAACAUCUGUGAAAUCUUCCAAAAUAAAUCAUGCUGGCUGUUUGGGCACCAGAAAGACUUCCACUAAGACAAGUUCUGGAGGGAAGGGGAGAUCCAUUGCCAUCACAAAUAAGACCUCUGUAGAAAGCAGGAGGCAAAAAUUGAAGUCAUCUAUAGGUGUUAAAAAAUGUUCUACUGAACUUCUUUGUAAUCGGCAUUCAGCACUGCAUACUGCAACUUCUCAUAAGAAUCUGAAUUCCCAAACAAAAGUAGCAAAGGAAAAUUCCAAGAAUGAUAGAAAUACUAAAACUGGUAAACUUCUGAAAAGCAGCAGUGCUAACUUAGAGGUCCAGAAAAAUACUUUCACAAACAACUCUGAUUCACAGAGCACUGUACGGACACGGGCUAACACCAGAUAUGACAAAAAACCUUGCAGAUCUGAUCACAGAAUGCAGAGUUUUACAAGGUCAACAGUUAGUAAUUCUAAUGAAAAUUCUGUCAAAAUUAAGCAAGAAAAGUUCCUCAAUUCCAGAAAAAUAAAAGAAGCAUCACUGGAGGCAGUACAGAACCUUCCUAACUUACGGCAGUGUGUUGCACAUGAUGAACAUCAAACUAGAAGAUCAUUGAGAUUGCAGAAGUUAUCUGAUGUGCCUAAAAUGGCCUUAUGUAGCAGAAAAAUUAAAGAAGGAAUUUCCUCUUCAGAGAAGCAGCAUUCCCAAAUGAAAAAACAGAUAUCACAUAUUAAAAAGGAAAAGCAGAAGUCUAUAAAACCAAACAUGGAACAAAACCCUGUGGAAAAUGAUGAAUGUAAAAAUAAAAGGAAAGAAAAAAAUAUUUUAGAGAAAAUAAGUUCUUUGAAAGAAAAACAUCAUGAAGUGGAUCCUAAACAGACUUACUUGACUACUUCUCAAGAUAAUCUCGGAGAAUCAAAAAGUAAUAUUGACAGCAGUCUUCAAGAACCUAUGAAUGAACAUGUCAAUACAAUUUCCUGCUCUGUGAAAUCAACUGACGAUAUAGUAAGUAAAGAAAAAGAGUUGAUACACAAAAAUGGAAAAAUCAGGGUAAAAGCAAAGAAAAUUUUGCUGGCAUCUCUGAGUUCAAAACCCACUCAUCAAUCAGAAGAUGUGAUGAAAUCUAGAAAGAUUAGUAUUCUUGAGCUGUGUGAAGAAAUUGCAGGUGAGAUUGAAUCAGACACAGUGGAAGUAAAAAGAGAUUCUAAUACUGAGUGUGGAAAAGAAGAAGAAAAAGAUGCAGCAGUGGAGUUGGCACAAACUGCUAUUAUUCCUGAUGAGGAAACUAAUCAGAACUUUCAACACAAGCGCUUUUUCCCCAGCAAAAAAGGAAUGUCUGUGAAAUGCAUUGUGAAUGGCAGACAUAGCACAACGAACAAGAACUCUAAGUGGACCAAAAUAAAAUUGACAAAGUCUAAUCAUGUGAACCAAAGUAUCCCAAAUUCCCUAUGUACUCUGAAAAGUGAUUUGUUAAAUUGCAGUGUUCCAGAGGGUGAGCAAGAAACAGAAAUGCACCUACCAGGAGUCCAAAGGAAACUGAUACAGUCAUGCCAAGGUAGUAACUCAUCAUAUGAGCAGAAGAAUGCAGUUUGUUUUGAAGGGUUCCAAGCUAAAGAGACAAUGCCAUGUCCUGGACAGAUCACUAUGCAGGCAACCAAAAAUGGUGCAUUGGAGGCAAAACGAAUGCUAGAGCCAGCUGCAGAUGAGGAAGUCCAGAGAAAAUUGAUACGAUCAUACCAUAGCGGUAAUUCAUCAUGUGAGCAGAACAAUGCAGUUGGUUUUGAAAGGCUCCAAGCUAAAGAGACAAAGCCAUGUCUUGGACAGGCAACCCAAAAUGGUGUAUUGGAGGCAAAGCCAGAGCCAACUCCAGAUGAGAGCUUUAAUUUACACCUGGACACAAGUCCAGAAAGUACACCAGUGAAAAUCACCAUCGACAGUGAAGCUGCACCACCUCCAGCAAAACAAGCAAAAAAAGAUACUGUAGAAAACAAACCUCAAGUUCCUGCUCCCAAGCAGUUGGUUCGGACUCUGUUCACAAAUAAAUCCUCGGAGGCAGCUGAGAGCAGGACAUGCUUGGCAAAGACAUCCUUGUCAAAAUGUGAUGGUUUCCAUUCCUCAGAAGAACAUAUUCAAAAACUAAGAGAAGCAUCAAAAGAUGGUGAUAAGCAGCUAAUCAUAGAUGCAGGGCAAAAAAGGUUUGGAGCCAUUUCCUGCAGUAUUUGUGGAAUGCUUUAUACUGCUUCAAAUCCUGAGGAUGAAACACAUCAUCUUCUUUUCCACAAUCAGUUUAUAAGUGCUGUAAAAUAUGUGGGCUGGAAAAAAGAAAGGAUUUUGGCCGAGUAUCCUGAUGGCAAGAUGAUAAUGGUACUUCCUGAUGAUCCAAAGUAUGCCCUGAGAAAGGUUGAGGAGAUUAGAGAGAUGGUAGAUAAUGAUCUUGGAUUUCAGCAAGCUCCUCUUACAUGUUCCAGAGCAAAGACACUCUUAUUUAUUUCAAAUGAUAAAAAAGUUGCUGGCUGUUUAAUUGCAGAGCAUAUUCAGUGGGGUUAUAGAGUUAUAGAAGAAAAGAUCCCAGAUGGUGGUUCUGAAAAUGAGAAGGUCAUCUUUGAAAGGCAGAAAGCUUGGUGCUGCUCAACAUCUCCUGAGCCUGCUAUAUGUGGCAUUAGUCGCAUUUGGGUAUUUAGCCUGAUGCGAAGGAAGAAAAUAGCUUCUCGAAUGUUAGAAUGCCUUAGGAGUAACUUUAUAUAUGGGUCAUAUUUGAGCAAAGAAGAAAUUGCUUUUUCCGAUCCCACUCCUGAUGGAAAACUCUUUGCGACGCAGUACUGUGGUACUAGCCAAUUUCUGGUAUACAACUUUCUCAGUGGACAGCAAUCUGCUUGAAGUGUAAAAGCUUUAGAGCAAGCUGUAACAAGAAACUGUUGUCAAUUUAUUUGCCUGGCUGCAGAUUUUGACCAAGAGAAUGGGACACUUUUAUUAGCAGCGAACUCAGGACUAGUAACAACCAAAAGGUUGUGCUUUGUAUUUUAUUACAAGUGUAAACAUUACAAAACUAGGAUAAUUUUUAAAAGAUAUUUUUAUAAACAUUUUAUGUAUUACCUAGUUUAGUCAUGUUUACAUGCAGCAGAAUUGUUCAUAGUGGACUGUCAACUAGUGCAAGAGCUGUGAUCGCCUUAAAGUAUUUUUUGAAGUUCACAAUGUAGUCAUAUACCAAGGCAGUGAAUGUUGCUUCUGAUGAUAGCUAAUGUGUAUGACAGUGAAAGCAUCAAAUGUUCAAGAAGGGCUUGCACAUCAAUAAAGGCAUUCUAUAACAGAUACAAUUACGUUUCAAUAGUUACCUUGAACUUUGCUGUUAAGAAAGAGCUAGUUCAACCUUACAAAAGAAUAGUUUCUGUGGCUUCAGCAACAGCACACUGGGUAUGGAUCUUCAUUAGUGGACUUCAUUUUGAUACUUUAAUCUGAAUCCCUCAACUUUCAGAGGGAGCAUAUAUGUUGAAUAACUAUUGUGGCCUUUCUUGACCUGUAUAUAAUGUAGAUGAAAUAAACUAUUUGAUAACCUUUAAAAUGAUGUACUAAUACUAAAUGCAUUCAAGCAUUUCCUUUGAUAUGGUUGAAUAUUAAAAGUUGAUUGAAAUACUAA